CCCCGGACCCUGCAUUCACUAUAUCUGGUCUACCAGGACCCUGCAUUCACUAUAUCUGGUCUCCCCGGACCCUGCAUUCACUAUAUCCGGUCUCCCCCGGACCCUGCAUUCACUAUAUCCGGUCUCCCAGGACCCUGCAUUCACUAUAUCCGGUUUCCCAGGACCCUGCAUUCACUAUAUCCGGUCUCCCCGGACCCUGCAUUCACUAUAUCCGGUCUCCCCGGACCCUGCAUUCACUAUAUCCGGUCUCCCCGGACCCUGCAUUCACUAUAUCCGUCUCCCCGGACCCUGCAUUCACUAUAUCCGGUCUCCCCGGACCCUGCAUUCACUAUAUCCGGUCUCCCCGGACCCUACAUUCACUAUAUCCGGUCUCCCCGGACCCUGCAUUCACUAUAUCCGGUCUCCCCGGACCCUGCAUUCACUAUAUCCGGUCUCCCCGGACCCCGCAUUCACUAUACCUGGAAACCCCGGACCCUGCAUUCACUAUAUCUGGUCUCCCACAGACCCGGCAUUCACUAUAUCCAGUCUCCCAGGACCCGGCAUUCACUAUAUCCAGUCUCCCAGGACCCUGCAUUCACUAUAUCCGGUCUCCCAGGACCCUGCAUUCACUAUAUCCGGUCUCCCAGGACCCUGCAUUCACUAUAUCCGGUCUCCCAGGACCCUGCAUUCACUAUAUCCGGUCUCCCAGGACCCUGCAUUCACUAUAUCCGGUCUCCCAGGACCCUGCAUUCACUAUAUCCGGUCUCCCAGGACCCUGCAUUCACUAUAUCCGGUCUCCCAGGACCCUGCAUUCACUAUAUCCGGUCUCCCAGGACCCUGCAUUCACUAUAUCCGGUCUCCCAGGACCCUGCAUUCACUAUAUCCGGUCUCCCAGGACCCUGCAUUCACUAUAUCCGGUCUCCCAGGACCCUGCAUUCACUAUAUCCGGUCUCCCAGGACCCUGCAUUCACUAUA